UGGUUUCCUUUCUCUGGCCACUCCACUUAGCACGAUGUUUCCCGACAGCUUCGCCCUCUUGAAUCCUCUCCGCCUCUCUCGUUGCGGUUCCCUAGACUCUCUCAGGAAGCUCCACGUCCUCCUCGUCGUCACCGGGCUCAUACACAACCACUCCGUCGUCUUCCAAACCAUCAAAAGCUAUCUUCGCUUUGACCAGCCGUUGCUCGCGCUCUCGGUCUUCGAAACUGCGGAGAACCCGACGCUAUACGUGCAAAAUCUGGUGAUCCGAUGCCUUUCACAUCACGGCUUUUACAGUGAUUUGCUGCGCCUUUACUCGCGAUCCCAGCAUUCAAGCCGACACCGUCUUGGCUCGGAUGAGUUCACGUUCCCCUUCGUGAUCAAGGCUUGCUCCGCAGUUUCCGGCUUUCGAGCUGAGAAAGAGGUUCAUUGUGUAGUCCUGAAGUCUGGAUACGGAGGCCAUUUGGUGGUACAGACUGCUCUUCUUCAUAUGUACGCGAAGACUGGCCGUAUGGAAUUGUCGAGGAAGGUUUUCGACGAUAUGUCUGGCAGAGAUUUGAUUUCCUGGAACGCGUUGAUAUCGGGCUAUUCUUCAAAUGGGCUUGACCGAGAGGCUUUCGAAGCUUUUCGGCAGAUGCAAGCGGAUGGUUUGAAGCCUAAUUCGAGCACCUUCCUGGGUGUGAUUCCUUUGUGCAGAAGUCUUGGACCACCUAUGGCAGGUGAUUUGAUGCAUGGUCUCGCUCUGAAAUGUGGGGCUUUUAGUGACAAGGCCUUGGUGCCUACUCUCAUUUCGAUGUAUGCUGGAUGGGAGGAUCUAACAGCAGCUAGAUUGCUGUUUGAUCUACUACCCUCAAAAGAUCUAGUUGUUUGGAAUGCUAUGAUUUCAGGGUAUUCACAGAAUGGGAAAUGGGAUGAAGCCAUCGAAGUUUUCCAGCUCAUGCAUCACAGUGAUGCAAGGCCAGACAUUGUCACGUUAGUCUCCAUCCUUUCCUCUUGCAGUAAUCUCUGUACUAUUGACUGUGGCAAGUGCAUCCAUGCUAUUGGAAUAAAACACGGCAUUUCUGAUCAGAGUUCUGUUGUUGCUGCACUUGUUUCAAUGUAUGCUAAGCAUGGAGAAAUCGAUUCAGCUGAGGAUCUAUUUCACACAACACCAGAGAAAAGCUUACUUCUAUGGAAUCCUAUGAUAUCAGGCUAUCUUUCGAAUGGGCUUUGGGACAUGGUCUUGGGUGCUUUCCAUAACAUGCAACUUGAAGGUGUGCUUCCAGAUGACAUUUCUAUGAUCAAUGUCAUUUCAGGCUGCACAAUGGCUAAAGACUUGUGCCGUGGUAAAUCUGCCCAUGCAUACAGUAUCAGAAAAGGAUUCAUAUCAAACAUAAGAGUGAUGAAUGCACUCUUAUCUUUAUACUGUGAUUGCAAUCAGUUCUCUACUUCACUCGAGUUAUUUCACCGAAUGCGAGUCCGAAGUGUAAUUUCUUGGAAUACUUUGAUAAGUGGGUGGGGGAAGAUUGGAGAUAUACAAUCCUUAGUAGCAUCAUUUCGCUCAAUGUGUCAGGAAGGUGUUACGUUCGACAUGGUCACUGUGAUCAGCAUUCUCUCUAGCUUUUGCAGUGUUGAGGAUGCUGCAUCUGGAAUGUCCUUUCAUGCCUUAACAAUAAAAAAUGGAUGCAAUUUGGAUUUGUCUGUUGCUAAUGCACUUAUAAGUAUGUACAUGAAUUUUGGUGAUACUGAGGCUAGCAACCUACUGUUCAAUGGUUUGUCCUCCAGAAGUAUCAUCACUUGGAACGCUCUAAUGACGGGAUACCGUAACACUAACUUAUUUGCAGAGGUCAUGAUCCUUUUUAACCAAUUGAGAAUGGAUGGCCAGAAGCCAAAUUCUGUGACCUUGUUGAAUGUAUUGCCUGCAUGUGAAAGCCUGUUGCAUGGUAAAUCAAUUCAAGCUUAUGCUGUUAGAAAUUUCUCUGUGUUGGAGUCAUCCCUUCUUACAGCAACAAUGAUGAUGUAUGCUAGAUUUGAAAAUGUUCGUUAUUCCCACCUGCUCUUUGAGAUGAUAGAUAAAAAAAAUGUUGUUGCUUGGAAUACUAUGAUGUCUAUAUACAUUCAAGCCAAUCAUGCAGAAGCAGCAAUCCACUCUUUCAGAAAAAUGCUUUGGAUGGAAUUAAAACCUGACCAUGUAACGAUGUUAAAUUUGGCAUCUGCAUCUUCUCACUUAUGUUGUCUAAAUAUGACACAAUGCGUGACAGGCUCUGCAAUUCGUAGGGGCUUCGAGAGUCACACCUCCAUCAGCAAUUGCCUUAUGUAUAUGUUUGCAAGGUGUGGAAGCAUACAAACAGCGAGAAAAGUGUUUGAUGGGUUAGAGGAAAAGGACUCUAUCAGUUGGAGUGUGAUGAUAAAUGGAUAUGGAAUCCAUGGCGAUGGUAAAGCUGCCCUUCUACUCUUCUCAAUGAUGAAAGAAGCUGGGUGGCAACCAGAUGACAUUACUUUUGUUAGUGUUUUGUCUGCUUGCAGUCAUGCUGGUCUUGUCGAACAAGGGAGAACAUUCUUGAAAUCAAUGACAGAAGACCAUGGCAUAACACCAAGGAUGGAGCAUUAUGCAUGCAUGGUGGACCUGUUUGGGAGGACAGGGCACUUGGACGAAGCCUAUGAUAUCAUUAAGUGCCUUCCUUUUAAGGCUUCUGCAAGCUUGCUCGAGUCCUUGCUUGGAGCUUGUCAAAGCCAUGGAAAUGCUAAAAUUGGAGAAGCUAUCGGAAAGUUGCUCAUUGAGUACAGACCUAGCAAUGCAAGUUCCUAUGUGAUGCUUUCAAACAUUUAUGCUGCAGCCGGACAGUGGACCGAUUAUGGAAGGGUAAGGUGUGAUAUGGAAGUCAGAGGAGUGAAAAAGGAUGCAGGAAUAAGUCUUGUUCAGGUAAAAUAGCAUAUGGUUGUUGGUUACUUGCUGCACUAACAAUUUUCUGUGGAUUAUGUUGUAUUCAGACACAAUGGUCAUGGUCUUGAAUCAGAUUGAUAAUUUCUAAUGUCAAAUUAAGCAGUGA